AUGGUUAAAAAGAAGCAGAACCCGCUGAGAAUAAACUAUCAGGAGGGCAUAAUCGAGGAGAAACUUUGGCAAAUUAGAGACCGUGCUAACAUAAAUGAGCCGAAGUUGGUUAAUGUUUGGACGGUCGAUAUAAAGAUAGGGGAAAGCAGAAGCUUUGUCGAUUUCAUUAGACAGAGUGUUCAAAAGAUGGAACCUGUCACGUUCCAGCACAUUAAAAGAAUAAAAAAAUGUGAUGAGAACAACGAGUGCCUGACCGUGAUCGUCUGCUCGCAUUUUAUGAUUAAGGAAAAAGAUGAUUUUAUGCAUUUCAUGCAAGAGGCGCCUUUCAGCUUCCAGAAUGUUAAGGGCUCAUCUGUUGUACCUCAAAAUGGCCCGCCAACCAAGUCAUUGAGUAUGGAAUGGUCUAAUUUAUAUUGGCCGCUCGUAUGGAGAGGGAAUCCUAAUGAUCAAAUUCUUAACAGCUACGUUUUUGACAUGAACUUUAUUGAGGCCACACUUAAACAAAUAAGUGAAUUGUCUCUGGCAGAGCAGGCUAGUGGCAAACAAGCGGCUGUAGUAUCGGCCUUUGUUAAUCCUAAAAACAACGAGGUGAUUUUUGUCUCCGACCAUAGACAUGUCUGCUCCCCCCUCGACCACAGCAUUAUGCGCGGCAUACGGUCUGUCGCAGAGCUCGAGCACCAAAAAAAGCAAGAUCACACUAACAAAGGCGAAAGUGAAACAUACUUAUGUCUGGACUUUGACGUGUACACAACGCAUGAGCCGUGCUCAAUGUGCUCCAUGGCGCUGAUUCAUUCUCGUAUAAAAAGGUGCAUUUACUUGACACCAAUGAACAAAACAGGUUGUUUAGAGAGUGAGAGUGGAGACGGGUACUGCAUGCACAACAACCACUCUUUGAACUCCAAGUAUGAAGCCUUCCGAUGGAUAGGAGAUGAGUACCCAGCUGCUCAAAUCGAGAGCAAUGUGUGCUGCUAA